AUGCUGGCCUACUGCGUGCAAGAUGCCACGGUGGUGGACGUGGAGAAGCGGAGGAACCCCUCCAAGCACUACGUAUACAUCAUCAACGUGACCUGGUCCGACUCCACGUCCCAGACCAUCUACCGGAGGUACAGCAAGUUCUUUGACCUGCAGAUGCAGCUUUUGGAUAAGUUUCCCAUCGAAGGUGGCCAGAAGGACCCCAAGCAGAGAAUCAUCCCCUUCCUUCCAGGCAAAAUCCUCUUCCGGAGAAGCCACAUCCGGGAUGUAGCUGUGAAGAGGCUGAAGCCCAUUGACGAGUACUGCCGGGCACUUGUUCGGCUGCCUCCCCACAUUUCACAGUGUGAGGAAGUCUUUCGGUUCUUUGAGGCCCGACCAGAGGAUGUCAACCCCCCAAAAGAGGAUUAUGGCAGUUCCAAGAGGAAAUCAGUGUGGCUCUCCAGCUGGGCUGAGUCUCCCAGGAAGGACGUGACAGGUGCCGACACCAACGCCGAGCCCAUGAUCCUGGAACAGUACGUGGUGGUGUCCAACUAUAAGAAGCAGGAAAACUCGGAGCUGAGCCUCCAGGCCGGGGAGGUGGUGGAUGUCAUCGAGAAGAACGAGAGCGGCUGGUGGUUCGUGAGCACCUCUGAGGAGCAGGGCUGGGUCCCUGCCACCUACCUGGAGGCCCAGAAUGGUACUCGGGAUGACUCAGACAUCAACACGUCCAAGACUGGGGAAGAGGAGAAGUACGUCACUGUGCAGCCUUACACCAGCCAAAGCAAGGACGAGAUUGGCUUUGAGAAGGGUGUCACUGUGGAAGUGAUCCGGAAGAAUCUGGAGGGCUGGUGGUACAUCAGGUACCUGGGCAAAGAGGGCUGGGCGCCAGCCUCUUACCUGAAGAAGGCCAAGGACGACCUGCCCGCACGCAAGAAAAACCUGGCAGGCCCAGUGGAGAUCAUCGGGAACAUCAUGGAGAUCAGCAACCUGCUGAACAAGAAGGCGUCAGGGGAUAAGGAGACUCCGCCGGCCGAAGGCGAGGGCCCUGAGGCCCCCAUCACCAAGAAGGAGAUCAGCCUGCCCAUCCUCUGUAAUGCUUCCAAUGGCAGCGCCCUGGGCGUCCCCGAGAGGAGCGUCUCCAAGCUGGCGCAGGGCUCGCCAGCCGUGGCCAGGAUUGCCCCGCAGAGGGCCCAGAUCAGCUCCCCGAACCUAAGGACAAGGCCUCCGCCUCGCAGAGAAUCCAGCCUGGGGUUCCAGCUGCCGAAGCCGCCUGAGCCCCCUUCUGUUGAGGUGGAGUAUUACACCAUUGCCGAAUUCCAGUCGUGCAUCUCUGAUGGCAUCAGCUUUCGGGGUGGACAGAAGGCGGAGGUCAUUGAUAAGAACUCGGGCGGCUGGUGGUACGUGCAGAUCGGUGAGAAGGAGGGCUGGGCCCCCGCGUCCUACAUCGACAAGCGCAAGAAGCCCAACCUGAGCCGCCGGACCAGCACGCUGACCCGGCCCAAGGUACCCCCCCCUGCGCCCCCCAGCAAGCCCAAGGAGGCUGAGGAGGGCCCUGCGGGCUCUGCGGAGAGCCAAGACUCCCCACUGAAGCUCAAGUACGAGGAGCCUGAGUAUGACAUCCCCGCCUUCGGCUUCGACUCAGAGCCAGAGCUGAGCGAGGAGCCCACGGAGGACAGCGGCUCAGGAGACAGGCGGCCCAGCCAGGCCCACAGGCCCUCACCCGCCUCCUCGCUGCAGCGGGCCCGCUUUCGGGUGGGCGGCUCUUCAGAGGACGUGGCGCCAGAGGAGGAGACCAUCUACGAGAACGAAGGCUUCCGGCCGUGUGCGGAGGACGCCCUGUCAGCCAGACGCUCCUCCCGGGACAGCCAGUCCCCAGGGGGCUCCCCUCUAUCCCUGGCCAGGAAAAACUCCCCCAGAUCGGGCUCCCCCAAGUCAUCCUCCCUCCUGAAGCUCAAGGUGGAGAAGAACGCCCAGGCGGAACUAGGGAAGAACCACUCCUCGGCCUCCUUCUCCUCCUCCAUCACCAUCAACACCACCUGUUCCUCCUCCUCCUCUUCCUCCUCCUUGUCCAAGAACAGCGGGGACCUGAAGCCCCGUUCCGCCUCGGACGCAGGCAUCCGUGGCACCCCCCCAGUCGGGCCAAAGCGGGAUGCCGACCUGAAGGCGGGGCUGACCUCGUGUGCCCGGGCCAAGCCGUCAGUCCGGCCCAAGCCGUUCCUCAACCGAGCAGAGUCCCAGAGUCAGGAGAAGAUGGACAUCAGCACUUUACGGCGUCAGCUGAGACCCACGGGCCAGCUCCGCGGCGGUCUCAAGGGCUCAAAGAGCGAGGAUUCAGAGCUGCCCCCCCAGACGGCCUUUGAAGGUCCCAGUGAGGGGUCCCGAAGAGGCUCUGCUGACCUCAUUACACCCCCAGCCGCCACACCCCCGUGUCCCACCAAGAAGGGACCGGAAGGGCAGGCCACCUCCUACACAACGUGUAGCGCCUACCAGAAAGUCCAGGACUCGGAGAUCAGCUUCCCCGCAGGCGUGGAGGUCCAGGUGCUUGAGAAGCUGGAAAGCGGCUGGUGGUACAUGAGGUUUGGGGAGCUGGAGGGCUGGGCCCCUUCCCACUAUCUGGUGCUCGGCGAGAACGAGCAACCCGACCCUGCUGGCAAAGAGCCAGACACAGUAAGCCCCAAAAACAAGCAGCACGAGGGCAAGUCCGACAGCCUGGAGAAGAUCGAGAAGCGGGUCCAAGCGUUGAACACCGUCAACCAGAACAAGAGGGCCACGCCGCCCAUCCCCUCCAAGCCCCCUGGGGGGUUCAGCAAGACCUCGGCUGCCAGCGCGGUGAAGCUGAGGAACGGUGUGCGGCAGGUGGCUGUGAGGCCUCAGUCGGUGUUCGUGUCCCCGCCCCCCAAGGACAACAACCUGUCCUGUGCCCUGCGGAGGAAUGAGUCGCUCACGGCCACCGACGGGCUCCGAGGCGUCCGCCGGAACUCCUCCUUCAGCACCGCCCGCUCGGCCGCCGCAGAGGCCAAGGCCCGCCUGCCUGAACGGGCUGCCAGCCAGGGCUCGGACACGCCCCUGCUGCCCGGCCAGCGCAACGGCAUCCCCGUGUCCCCUGUGCGCCCCAAGCCCAUCGAGAAGUCCCAGUUCAUCCACAACAACCUCAAAGACAUAUAUGUCUCCAUCGCGGACUAUGAGGGGGAUGAGGAGACGGCGGGCUUCCAGGAGGGUGUGUCCAUGGAGGUCCUGGAGAGGAACCCCAACGGCUGGUGGUACUGCCAGAUCCUGGAUGGGGCAAAACCCUUCAAAGGCUGGGUGCCCUCCAACUACCUGGAGAAAAAGAACUAAUGGUGGGGGGUGGGCAGGGGUCCAUCCAGCCUGGGUGUGGAUGAGUGGCGGGAUGAAGACAAAGGGGAAAGGGAAAGU